AUGACUCACCUCGGCACUGUCAACGUACCGUUCAUCCGUGAAUGCGUUCGCCUGGAUGCCUCGGUCUCGCCUCGCCUCGUCUCACCACCUUUGUCGCCUUUGUUGCGCCAGCCUUGGCCCACUCUCUCUGUCUCUCGCGUUCUCGCUCUCUCCUCUCUCCUCUCUUGCUCUCGCCUCGGGCACCCACUCGGUUUUGAUAUUCGACUGGGGUCACACACAAACACAGGCGUCUGUCUCGCGGUCGCGCUUGAUCCUGCCAUUGGGGCGACUACUGGCACUGGUGAUGUGCCGGCCUGGGGCUUCGGCUCAUCCGUUAGUCGACCAGCCGACCAGCCGACCAGUUGA